AUGCCACUGGAUGCGUCCCUGAAGCAGCUCCAAAUCAAGGUGGGCACGGUGAAGCGCACCAAGAAGGAAUAUGAAUCCUACGUUGCCGAAGAGGGCGUGCAGAGAGCAAAGAUAGAGGGCAUGAAGGUUGAAGGAAAAGAAGAGGCCGAUAUCAAGAAACAAAUGGAGGUGCUGAAUGACACUCUCACCGUCAUUCCCGAUUCUCGACAACGACUUCAAAAGUAUGCUGUGGAGCUGCGAGACUUCCUGGCCAGCGAUCAGGAAAUGAGUGUGGAGCCUGACAGCAGCUCACCAGAGGUUCAAGCAGUUCUGGAAGCGCGACAAGUUUUGAGGGAAGUCGAUCAGGUUUUGGGAACGCAGACAUCAGAAGAGGAUGUGGAAAAAGCAAUUCAUCCAGCAGGGCCUGACGUUGGUGAGUUUUAG